AUGCAUCGAAGGCACACAACCCUUCGGGAGAAAGGCCGGAGACAGGCUAUCCGAGGCCCAGCCUACAUGUUUAACGAAAAGGGCACCAGCCUGACCGUGGAGGAAGAACGCUUCCUGGAUUCUGCGGAAUAUGGCAACAUCCCCGUGGUGCGGAAAAUGCUGGAGGAGUCCAAAACCUUGAACUUUAAUUGCGUUGAUUACAUGGGACAAAAUGCCUUGCAGCUAGCGGUGGGGAAUGAGCAUUUGGAAGUGACUGAACUCCUUCUGAAAAAGGAGAAUCUGGCUCGAGUUGGAGAUGCGCUGCUGUUGGCCAUCAGUAAGGGAUACGUGCGCAUUGUGGAAGCAAUAUUGAACCAUCCAGCCUUUGCACAAGGGCAGCGUCUCACACUAAGCCCCCUUGAGCAGGAACUACGCGAUGAUGAUUUUUAUGCGUAUGAUGAAGAUGGAACUCGGUUUUCUCAUGACAUCACCCCCAUAAUACUCGCUGCUCAUUGCCAAGAGUAUGAAAUUGUUCAUAUCUUGCUUCUGAAAGGGGCACGGAUAGAAAGGCCCCAUGACUACUUCUGCAAGUGCAAUGAAUGUGCCGAGAAGCAGAGGAAAGAUUCCUUCAGUCACUCUCGAUCGAGAAUGAAUGCCUACAAAGGAUUAGCAAGUGCCGCUUAUUUGUCUCUUUCUAGUGAAGACCCCGUUCUUACUGCUUUAGAACUAAGCAAUGAAUUGGCAAGACUAGCCAACAUUGAAACUGAAUUUAAGAAUGAUUACAGGAAGUUAUCUAUGCAAUGCAAAGAUUUUGUAGUGGGUGUACUGGAUCUCUGCAGGGAUACAGAAGAAGUGGAGGCUAUUCUGAAUGGAGAUGUGAACAUAAAAGUGUGGCCUGAGCACCCCCGCCCAAGCCUGAGCAGAAUUAAACUUGCCAUUAAAUAUGAGGUCAAAAAGUUUGUUGCUCAUCCCAACUGUCAGCAGCAACUGCUCACCAUGUGGUAUGAAAAUCUCUCAGGCUUACGUCAGCAGUCUAUAGCUGUGAAAUUCUUGGCUGUCUUUGGAGUCUCGGUAGGCCUUCCUUUCCUCGCCAUAGCAUACUGGAUUGCUCCCUGCAGCAAGCUGGGACGGAUCCUCCGAAGCCCUUUCAUGAAGUUUGUGGCACAUGCAGUUUCUUUUACAAUCUUCCUUGGACUGUUAGUAGUGAAUGCCUCAGACCGGUUUGAAGGAGUGAAAAAUCUUCCCAACGAGACCAUCACGGAUCAUCCCAAACAAAUAUUUAGAGUAAAAACUACUCAGUUCUCAUGGACAGAAUUACUAAUCAUGAAGUGGGUUUUAGGUAUGAUAUGGUCAGAAUGCAAAGAAAUCUGGGAAGAGGGUCCACGCGAAUAUGUCAUGCAUCUUUGGAACCUGCUGGAUUUUGGGAUGCUAUCUAUCUUUGUGGCAUCGUUCACUGCAAGGUUCAUGGCUUUUCUCAAAGCAACUGAAGCACAACAGUAUGUAGACCAGUACGUUCAGGAUGAUGACCUCAGUAAUGUCACCCUUCCCCCUGAAAUUGCUUACUUUACUUAUGCCAGGAACAAGUGGCUUCCCUCGGACCCUCAGAUCAUAUCAGAAGGACUAUAUGCAAUAGCUGUGGUACUCAGCUUCUCCCGUAUUGCUUACAUUCUUCCAGCCAAUGAAAGCUUUGGCCCUCUUCAGAUCUCUUUGGGAAGGACAGUGAAGGAUAUCUUCAAAUUCAUGGUCAUCUUCAUCAUGGUGUUUGUUGCCUUCAUGAUUGGAAUGUUCAACCUUUACUCUUACUACCUUGGUGCAAAAUAUAACCCAGCAUUUACAACGGUAGAAGAAAGUUUUAAAACCUUAUUCUGGUCAAUAUUUGGCUUGUCUGAAGUGAUAUCAGUGGUGCUGAAGUAUGAUCAUAAGUUCAUUGAGAAUAUUGGAUAUGUACUCUAUGGAGUUUAUAAUGUUACCAUGGUGGUGGUGCUGCUCAAUAUGUUAAUAGCCAUGAUCAACAACUCCUAUCAGGAAAUUGAGGAGGAUGCAGAUGUGGAGUGGAAAUUUGCUCGUGCCAAGCUGUGGUUAUCAUACUUUGAUGAAGGAAGGACUCUGCCUGCUCCUUUUAAUCUAGUGCCAAGCCCUAAAUCAUUUUAUUAUCUCAUAAUGAGAAUAAAAAUGUGCCUCAUAAAACUCUGCAAAUCUAAGGCCAAAAACUGUGAAAAUGAUCUUGAGAUGGGUAUGCUGAAUUCCAAGCUACGGAAAGUUCGUUUUCAGUCAAGCGCUCGAAAUUCAGAAAAUUUUACUGUGAAGAAGGCUUAUAACAAGCCCGCGAGAUAUCAGGUGGCAACACGUCUUCCAUCUGGAUUGAACUACCUUGGCCAUCUCCAGCAUACAAAAAUAAUGAAGCGUCUUAUUAAGCGAUAUGUCCUGAAGGCUCAGGUUGAUCGAGAGAAUGAUGAAGUCAAUGAAGGAGAACUUAAAGAGAUUAAGCAAGAUAUUUCCAGUCUCCGCUACGAGCUUCUAGAAGAAAAGUCAGAAGCUACUGGAGAGUUAGCAAAACUAAUACAGCAGCUGAGUGACAAGUUUGGGAAGAACUUAAAUAAGGACAUUUGAUGGUGAACAAAGAGAAAGACAACUAGUUUUCUAAACAUUAUUUGAUAUUUCAACCAGCAUUUUAAGGGAGCAAAAACAGUGCAAGAGAUGCGUACGGAGUCCUCAACUUUUGCCACCUAAGAAAUAUUGGUGAGGGCCCUGUGCAUUAGAAUAUGUUUUUGGGUGAAGCCAACAAUCGGUUAAUAUCUUUAUGAUAUAAGGUGACAUUUGGGUAUAAAACAAGCCCAUUGACAUCAGAAAUAAAUGCACCAUCUCCAAAAGAUAAUCAUACUUAUAUUAGAUACCCAAAGCACCUUUUAAAAAAAGCAAACAGCCAAAUCCUUAGCUGGCAUGAAUCAGCAUAGUUCCAUUGAAAUCAAUGGAGCCAAACUGAUUUCUAUCAACUGGAGAUUUGACCCAUUACAUCUAGGCCUUAGAUCUGGGUGAACCCUGAAGAAUAAUAUUCCACAAAUAUUCAUUAAAACUUUUAAACAAAUUCACCUUCACUUAGAGGUGUGCACUCCUUUUGUGCUCGCUUUCCAUGGACACCCAUGAAAUUGAGUUAGAACAGCACUGAGGUUAAUGGAAAGCAAAUGUGAAAACACACAGUAAAAUGUAGUGAUCUCGAAUUGCCUUCCUACGAGGAUUUAUACUAGAAAUUUCAUUUUAAGAGUUAACUCAUUCAGUCAAGGAAGAAUAACAAUACCAUGUGACUUGUGAUCAAUCACAAUGAGGCAACUCAGUUCAGAUUUUGAAUGUCGAAUGGCAAGCCAUAGCAUCGAUGAAAUUCACAAAGAAUGUUGCUGAAUGGUUUCAAACUAUGAAUACAUUUGGGGGGGGGAACCCACUUCAAGCUGGCUGGGGACAUUCCGUCAACAAAAAGGGGGGAUUUGUCAAAAAAGGAUUUGCUAGGAGUUAUUUGCUCAGCCAUAGUAAAGAAAAACAGGGAGAAGUUUUAAAAAUUACACCAAUGUACAAGCUGCAGUGGUACAAAGUCCUCCGGUUGUACUCUUACAAGGGAAACAUUCAGAACGUGAUUUAUUUGGUGUUUUAAGCUGCUCAAAGCACACCUUAUUACUUUGGAAACACUAAACUGUACUGUUUGUUUACAAGGUGCACCUAUGAGAUGACCAUUACAUUUAGAUAUCAGCUAAGAAAAAUAAGCAGAAUCAGAAGGUGACCUGUGAUCAGUUCUUAAGUGCCAGAUGAGAACACAGAUAGCCUAGUAGAGUAAUAGUUAUAUUUGUAAAAAAAGAAAAAGAAAAACAAAAAGAAAAACGUGUACUGUAGGUAGACCUGUUUAGAGAAAAAAAAUCAAAAUAAUGUAUUUUUACCUUUAAUAAGAUUAUCUUGUAUACUGUAAUAUUUUUACCUAAAAAU